CGCAGCAUUGAAUUUGCUAUUUGGGGCGCAUUUUGGGGGGGUUACCAGAAUAGAAACAACACCUGGAAAACCCGGAACUGUUUUUCUACUUGUUCGUUUUGUCGGACACAUUUCAGAGAGGAACGACUAAAAACAACUAACAUCAGUAAAGUAAUGUGGAAAGCCUGUGCUAGAAAACAGAUUAAUCGGAGGCUGGCUUGCAAAAAAGCGACCAAAGUGGAGCCGGAAGCUGAAAUAUGAGCUCCACAGAAGCGCCGGAGCGGUUUGAAUAUUUACAAUCUCUUGUCACUGAAUUUCAGGACACGGACAGUGAAGAGGCCAAAGAGCAAGUUCUGGCCAACCUCGCCAACUUUGCGUACGACCCAAAAAACAUGGAGUAUCUGCAGGAGCUGCAGGUGCCCGACCUCUUCCUGGACAUGCUGACCGAGGAGAACGAGAACUUUGUGGAGUUUGGGAUGGGGGGGCUGUGUAACCUCAGCAUGGACCCUGAGUGUAGAGAGGUCAUCCUGCAGAGCGGCGGCAUCAGCCUGGUCACAAACUGCCUGUCCAACCGGCGGGAAGAGACCGUCCUGUCGGCCGUCACCACCCUCAUGAACCUUGCCACGCCCGCGACCCGCUCCCAGAUCUCCGAGCCGGGAAUCCUGCAGUGCAUGCUGCGCUUCUCCCUGGCAGAGAGCCCCCGCCUGCGCAACCUGGCGGCCGUGUUCCUGCAGGACUGCUGCAGCGAGGAGCAGGUGAGGCAGGCCCAGCAGCAGAUGGACGGACGGCAGACUGCCGUCGGGAUCCCGUUGCCCAAAGAAUGAGGACUCAGUUUGGCUCUUUGUGCCUAAAACAAGCUUCUAGCCCCUGUGACGCAGUCCUGACGUGACGCUGUGGGAAAACGCUCCCUAGGCUUCCGGACGAGGGCGAGGUCAGGGUUGUCUCCCGGCCACUCCGGCUCCUUCACGCCGAAGUGGAAAAACCCCCAGAGGGAGAGCUGUUGUUUGUGUGCAGGGUGGAGCAGGAAAAGGACAUAAAGAGUUACCUCAAACUUGCUCAUUUGGGUGUAAUAAGACUGCUGUAAUCUGUCCACACGGUGUUUUCAGAUUAUCCAUUUUCUAAGUGAAAACCAAAAUGAAUGCUCUGGAGAAAGAAUGACCUUUAAAGACAGAAAAAAGUAGAGACGCACAAAUCAGAGACCAGAAUCAGACAGUUGUGGUUUGAUCAGUGGUCAGCAGAUCAAAGAGUGAAAAAUGUUUUUUUUCUUCCUUCUCGUUAAAUGCAUCAAAUCUAACAAUUCUGAGUUUAUUAACACGUCAAGGAUCAGAAUAUGUGAUGCUGUUAUGGGGGGUUCAAUAAAAAUAAAUAAAUCAAGAAACAGG